AGCAGAAGACAUUUGAAGCCAACAUUUUGUUGCAAUAUUUAGUGGGUAUUUGCGUAUUAAUAUCCUGUUAAUGGAGUAAAUAUGUUAUUUAUCGCAUACUAAACAGUAAAUAUACCUGUAUAUAUGCUAUCUGUGGAAUAUUAUAGGUGGAUUCUUUGGUAUAUAUUGUUUCCUGGAUAUUUACAUGAAUUUUAGAAAGGAGAAUUUGAUUGUGCACAAAGUGAUGUCAUCGACAAAAGUGGGAUCGGUGAAUAAUCCGGGCAACUGACAUGGCGGCCGUCUAUUGCUCGCACAAUCAAGCACAGAAAGGUGAGAUGUGGAUGCUGUAAACUCGAGUGAACAUUAGUCCUUGGAAUUUUAACUUUAAAAAAGGAUCAGAACUGAAAGGAAAUAAUCAGGAUUACUUCAAGUUCGAGUUCACCCAUCAAUCAAUGUAAAUAGUAUGGAGGCCAUUUCUCUUGUGUGGAUGAAUAUGAUAGGUCCAAGAUGUUAACCUUCAGGAACACCGACCCUUGUAGUAAAGGACUGUACAGGGCCUGUCCCUCUGCUGGUGAUAGCCAAUCAUAAGGUAUCAACUACCAGCAACCGCCACCACCACCACCACCACCACCACCAGCCCAAUCUCCAUCUCUUUGGGCACCUUAUCAUCAUCCAAGUAGUAGCCACGCCUUGGUAGCCACGCCCUGGUAGCAAGAUGGAGGCCUUCUCACCAAUGGGUGAGACCGUCAUGGACACGUCGGUGCUUGCGAGCCCGCAGUCCUCCCAUCUCAUGAUGGGUGUGGGUGAGGAGUCUAUGGAAACAAUGGCCAUGUCACCCAAGGCUCCAGAGACUCAAGAGGUAAGCAAUGAGAGACUACAACAGAUACCUGCCCCAGUCUUGUCAACAGAUGGCACCCUUCACGGUCUCAACACAUCAUUUGCUGGAAGCCUCUCGAAUCUGAUGCUACCGGGAAUCCCAAACCCAGCCACAGGUACCACCUCCUUCUUCCUCAACACGACAAGUCCUACAACAGUGGCAGCGCCGCCAGGGCCGUUCUUACUCAACCAGUCCAACCUGACAACAGCUACUGCUGGUGCACCGCAGCUCCUUAUGAAUGGAAGUGCAGGGGUGCAACCCAAUACGACAUUCUUCUUUAACACCAACCCAGGGAGUAGCAACAUGCAGACUUUCUUGCUGAAUCCAAACAUGGCAGCUCAGGGAACGCCCUUGAUGGUGCAGAAUCCGCAGACUAAUACUGCCUUCUUUGUGAACCCAGGAAUGUUGAAUACGAGUCAAAGCACAUUACUUCUAACACAUCCUGGCUUGGCAGGGUCGAAUGGCGCACUCAUGUUGACCGCAAACCAAGGAGCGGCAGCCAUGCAACAGUUACAGCCGCAGGUCCAGCCAGUGGUGACCCAGGCACUGGCGGAAAACCUUACGAAUGCUGCUUCAGCAAGCGAAGUCCAACAGCAAUUGCAACAACAGACGCAACAGCAAAUACAACAACAGCAAUUGCAACAGCAAAUACAACAACAGACGCAACAGCAAAUACAACAACAGACUAACGACGCAAGUAGUACUCUUCAAUUUCGGACGUUGCAAUUACCCUUGGGGACAUUACCCGGGACUUUAUUACAGACCGAUGGAACGCAGAAUUUGAUCUUGCAACCGAGGGUGGAGCCAGCUGACAGUGAUACUUCUUCCGUCUCAGAGUUGUCUCAGGGAAUCGUGGAGGAGAACUCAAUAACUGAAAACCUCAGGGAAAACAAAGACAGUAAGUCAUUGUUCUUUGUUUUUGUUUAUAUUUGUAUUGCUUGAUGGAUGACUGUACUGUAUAUGUACUCAAAAUCCUACUUCGCAUUUAACCAACACUCAGAUUCUGAUCAGUAUCCCAUGUCUCUCUAUAUCACAUUGCUUUCAGAUUUGUUCCUGAGACCUGUCAAAGAGGGCAGUGUAUAAUUUUCAGUUCUUCACACUAGCAUUCAGAAAGGCAUAAUGAUAAUAAUAAUAAUAGGCAUUUGUAUAGCGGCGUCUAUCUAGACGAUGCUAUUC